AGCCAUGUAGUUUAUAGUUACACUUUGUAAUUUAACUUGGUUUCCACUGUAGUAUUUUGGUUUCCACUGUAGAGUGUCACCUGAGAAGCGAUUAACUGGUGGCCCAGCUGGACUGGAGCGGCCCCCUGCCCAAUAUGGGUGGAGGGGUGCUCCAGCCUAGCUGGGCCCCCAUGUAACUAGUUAACAUUUUCAACAGGAUUUUACAUCCCAGCUUUCCAUGGGAUCUUCUCUGCCAAUUCACUAGUUGGCUAAUGUCUGCUUUCUUGAAAUCCGUUGUCUUUAUUUUGCUGUUGUCCCUUCUACCAGUUCUUAGACUCAGGGAUACUUUUUAACUUAUCCCAAGAAGAGAGACCGGUUUCAUUUAGGGCUAAUCUACUUGCAUCCUUGGAACUGUCAUGUAGCAUUCUGGCCUGACCUUGUGACACACUCUAGAAGGGAUAUGAAGUGUCUGUCAUCACAAGUAGAAAGAUAGACUAUAACCUACAACUUCUGGUACUUAAGUUUUGACACAGAUGACGUACACUGCCCUGCCCCAAAGCAGGGGCUAGAACCAUACGUUUACAUCUGAGCUCACAGCAAGGGUACAUUGGUGGGCCCUAGAGUGACAACAGACUUGUGUCUUAGACAGGGUAGGUUCUAGAAGCAGCAAAGCCAUGACAUCACAAGGUCCCGGCACGUUCUGGAACACCAGCCCUGACUUUGGCCCUCAGGAGGAAUCUGGGACUUGCUGCUUCUGUACACUGCACAGCCCUGUGUACCUGUGUAAGCAGCCUGUACUGGAUCUGGGGCUGCAGACGUCCCCUAGAGUGCACAUUCCACCUCCGGCCACACUGCAGGAAUGGUGUCUCUUGUGCUGCUGGCCACCUUGGCCUCCCUCCUCACAGGGAACAUGGGAAAGAUCUUCCAGCGCUGCGAGCUAGCCCAGGUGCUGCACCACGCAGGGAUGGAUGGGUUCCGAGGCUACAGCCUGGCUGACUGGUUGUGCUUGGCUUUUCACGAGAGUCGGUUCGACACGGGCACUGUAGACCAUGAAGCUGAUGGCAGCACCGACAACGGCAUCUUCCAGAUCAACAGCCGCCUAUGGUGUGAGGACUACAAGAGCUCUGCCCGGAACCUGUGCCACAUGCACUGCAGCGAUUUGUUGACCAGUAACAUCAAUGAUGACAUUGUGUGUGCCAUGCAGAUUGUGCAGCAGCCAAGGGGCCUCGGGGCCUGGCUGGCCUGGAGGAAACAUUGUGAGGGCCGCGACCUCUCCCAGUGGGUGGAAGGAUGUAAUGUGGGAAGUAGAUGAAGGCAUGCCUGGGAUGCCCUGGACCUGCUAGAUGGAGCAUACACUGCAGUCACACCAGGCCUCUGCUGAUUUAGCAACUCACUGAAAUCCCCCAUGAUCCCCUACUUCUUCUUCACUAGCGCCCAAGUGGGUCACUAACUGUGGGGGAGCGCUGCCUCUAGUAGUCACAGAUGGGACUGCACUAUAGGGCACUGGGAGCAAGUGUUCCUGAAUAAAGCUCUCUGAAGGCCUAAUGACAAAAGGGUCAUGAAUUUUUUUGAGAGAAGACAAUAGGAUCUAGAGCGGGAGGCGGGCUGGAGUCAAGACUCCUGGAUUCAAUUCCCAGCUCCGGGAUGGUUGUGAGGGUCCUAGUGACAAGAGCAAGGAGGAUGGAGUCUGUGGGUCGGGGCUCUUGGAUUCGAUUCCCAGUUCUGGGAGGCGCUGAGAGUCAGGAAGCCUGUUUCUAUUCCCAUUUCUGUUCAGCCAUCUCUUUGGAGACUAAUGUUUCUAUUGAUUGUGGCCCCCUUGUCCCAAGCAAGUAGUUGACUAACCGAUAAGCCUAAGUUUGUCAAUUACUCUAGUCAACUAUGACUAUUCGCAUCCGUCC